AGUUAUGUAACCCUGUAUUUUUUAUGAGAAGUGGCAUCCAUGGCUGUUCUUAACGUAUUUUUUGGCAAUCCUUCAUGCACUAUCGUGGAUUCAUGUUUUCCAUAUAGCCUAUAACUAUACUGCACUUAGGUCUUGAAGAAUUCAGUGAAUUGACUCAUGCUUUCUAAAAUCCUCCUAAAUGUAGCUCAUUACCUUCCUUUGGUAAUGUCUUUACCUCCGUUUCUCACCAUUCGGCCUAUAGUUUAAAAUCCGCCCAAUUGGGGGAUUUCCAAAUCAGGGGGAUUUACUCACCAUCGUCCUCUGCUGGUAAAUUUUAGGAAAUUCCUCGCUAUCGUUGGCAAACGGAGCGAAAACCUCGAACUGAAAGAAACGUGUCUUACUCGGUCAAAAAUGACUACGAACCUGUCACGCUGUAAGGGAUCGUUCUCCGCUUUUCCUCCGCAGCCACCCCAAAAGCAAUGCAUGAGCCAGGUGUGACACAGCUGGUGCUGACCGCCGACAUGAACCUGAAUGAGAGCGACAACUGCACUCCGCCGUAUGACCAGGGUCGCAUCCCGCUGAUUGUACUGUACAGCACGGUGCUGAUCAUUGGGCUGCCGGCCAACGUGGCCACCAUCUUCAUGACAUACCUGCAGGUGCGGCGCAAGAACGUGCUGGGAAUCUACCUGCUGAGCCUGUCCCUGUGCGACCUCAUGUAUCUGGGCACCUUGCCCAUGUGGGCAGCUUAUGUCAACGCUGGCCACCAGUGGAUGUACAGCUCCAUAGCCUGCAAAGUGACAAGCUACGUGUUUUUCAACAACAUGUACAUAAGCAUCUUUCUGCUGUGUUGCGUGUCCGUGGACCGCUAUGUGGCCGUGGUUUACGCCGUGGAGUCUCGCGGCCUGCGGCGGCAGAAGCUCGCCGGCAUGAUCACUCUGGGCAUCUGCCUCGUGGUGGCAGUUGGGCACCUGCCUGUCUUCACCAUGCCGGAGGGAAACGUGGAGACUGGGGAGAGACGUUGCUUUGAGCCGGGCCAGAGCACCGCCACGGUGACGGGCUUCAACUACGCCCGUUUCUUCAUUGGUUUCUUCAUCCCUCUGGCCAUCCUGGUGGUCACCAACCGCUCCAUCCUGGCCAACAUCCAGGCCAGCACCAGUCUGCAGGAGCGGCAGAAGGUGAAGGUCAAGUACCUGGCCAUGGCGGUCAUCGCUUUCUUCCUGGUCUGCUUCGCCCCCUACCACAUCAUCCUGCUGCUGCGCGCCGUCAUGUACCACUACCGGGACUUCCAGGAGAAGUGCCACUUUGAGAAUAGCAUUUACACGCCCUACACCAUCUCCCUGGGGCUGUCCACCUUCAACAGCGCCAUGAACCCCAUCCUCUACGUGCUGGCCAGCGACAACAUACGCAAGGAGAUCCGGCGUGGCCUGGCUAGCUUCCGCAGCCGGAGCACCCUGCAGCCCCGGUGUACGGACAGCAGCUAGCACCGGAUACCCAACUCCAGGAACUCAUGGGACGCGGCCCCCACGCGGGGGAACAGCGCGUAAGGGCGGCAGGGGGCUGUUGGGUUUCGCAGGUGAACACGUCGCUGAGUUGAACGGCUGCUUGUGCUGCUGUGGGGCAUGCGCGUAGACCGCUGUGCGUGCCGGUGCCAAACCAGUUAUUACAUUUUUCUGUAUUCACAUCUGCCUCGUAACACUUCUGUCUUACAAGUGUGUCAAACGUUGUGCCACAAUGUGUCCAGGAAGCCAUAGUUUGGAGCGAUAGGGAAUGAAGUAGGAAUUGUAUUUUACAUCGCUGCUAUGAGGACUUGAGAUACUUGCAUGUAUUUAAAUAUCUGAUGGUAGCCUAUGUCUUGGUUUUCAAAAGUUUUUGAUAGCUACACAGAAUUCCUUUUUUCAAAAUAAAAAAUAGGUUGGAGUGGAUUCAUUGAA